AUGCUGGACAUGGCAGAGGCAUUCAAAUUCAGAUUGCUCCAGUCCACUCCUUAUUAUGCCCAAGCCAAUGGACAGGCGGAGUCAAGCAACAAAGUGAUCAUCAACAUUAUCAGGAAAAUGCUUGAGAAGAAUCCAAAACAAUGCCAUGAGAAGCUGUCAGAGACUCUUUGGGCAUAUAGAACUUCAAAAAGAGAAGCAACUGGCAUGACCCCCUAUGCGUUAACCUACGGCCAUGAUGCAAUUCUACCUAUGGAGAUAGCCAUUCAGUCCCUCAGAAUUGCUCACCAACAUAACUUAGUAGGAGAGAACUACUCCCAGGCCAUGCUGCUGGAAUUGGAAGGAUUGGAUGCAGGCAGAAUUGACACUCUCAACAAACUCCUGGCAGGAAAACAAGCUGUAUCAAGGGCUUACAACAAAAGAGUCAAAAACAAGAGUUUUGAAGAAGGAGAGAUAGUCUGGAAAGCGGUUCUGCCCCUUGGAACACAUGUGGCUGGUUAUGGAAAAUGGUCACCUACAUGGGAAGGCCCUUUCAUAAUCAACCAAAUCCUUAGAAUGGGGGCAUAUAGGUUACAACAUAGGGACGGAGAAAUUCAUACUGCCCCAAUCAAUGGCAAAUGGUUAAAAAAGUUUUAUCCAACCAUGUGGGAUUCACAGGCUGUACAAACAGACCCUGGGAUAGACAGAAGGCUACACUGA